AAACUAGUCUCGCCUUGUUCCGUGUCACAUUCCCGAACUCAUCAGUUUUGUUCUUGAAGAUCCACUUGGUUCCGAUAACAUUUCCCGAGGAAGGUUCAGGGACUAACUCCCAGAGAUCGUUUCUAGUGAAUUGCUCCAGUUCCUCCUGCAUGGCUAAGAUCCAACACUCGUCUUUCAGAGCCUUUUUAGCAUUCUUGGGUUCAAGGAGUGAGGUGUUCACACUUCCAACUCCAACUUUGUCCCCAAAUCCAAGACCGGUAUGUUUUGUAUUUGAAGUUCCAGUUGAGGACUCAAGAAUGUCUUCCCUACCAGUGCACCCUAUUCCAGUAAGAUCACCAUGUUGUCUUUCCAAGGAAAUAAGUUCAUUCAGAUCCGCCUUUCCCUUGUUCAAUUUUUUAACAACUUCUAUAGUUCGGUUCAACUCAGCAGAAUUUGCCUUCAGCUUGCUUUCCAUGAUAGCAUGUUUGUUGAUCAGCCGACCAGCUUCAUCUUUGAGUAGCACGAUUUCCUGGUUCCACUCGACAAGAA